AUGGCCUCGUCCAACCGCUGCCCUUUGACAGAAGCUCAGAUCGAUAAAGCAUUGAAGACUUGCCUGGAAGUGCAAGUCGACGCUACCGCAAACCACGGCAAAAGACCAUUCGCGGCUCUCCUAGUUGGAACAGACAACACGACAAUUCCCAUGACCCAUUUCUCCGUAUCCCACUUUCAGCACGCCGAGAGCGAAAUCGCUCGGUUAGCAGGCAUUCAUUUCACCCAGGACUACUUGGAAAAGUGCACGUUGGUCUCAACCUGGGAGCCCUGCGCAAUGUGUACGGGCACGGCCUAUUGGAGCAACAUCGGUCGCAUUCUCUACGCAGCUAGCGAAGCCAACUUGAAACGCUUGACGGGAGAUAACAAUCAGGAGAAUAUGACCAUGUCACUACCUUGCCGUGAUGUUGUAAAGUCGGGUCAGAAGGACAUAGGGCUCAUAGGACCAGUAGCCAGGUGGGAAGAAAAGGUGCUGAGGGAAAGUGAAAGGUGGUGGGAUACUCACAGGCGUGAAGUCAGAGAUGCGCAUUGA